AUGUACAGCUUCAAUACUCUUCGCCUCUACCUUUGGGAGACCAUUGUAUUCUUCAGCCUUGCUGCUUCUAAGGAGGCUGAAGCUGCCCGUUCCGCAUCCAAGUCUAUGUCACCCUCGGAUUUCCUGGAUAAACUAAUGGGGAGGACCUCUGGAUACGAUGCCAGGAUCAGGCCCAAUUUUAAAGGUCCCCCGGUGAACGUGAGCUGCAACAUUUUCAUCAACAGCUUCGGUUCCAUUGCUGAGACAACUAUGGACUAUAGGGUCAACAUCUUCCUACGGCAGCAGUGGAACGACCCCCGGCUGGCCUACAACGAAUACCCGGAUGACUCUCUGGACCUGGACCCAUCCAUGUUGGACUCCAUCUGGAAACCUGACUUGUUCUUUGCCAAUGAGAAGGGGGCCCACUUCCACGAGAUCACCACGGACAACAAACUGCUGAGGAUCUCCCGGAAUGGGAAUGUCCUCUACAGCAUCAGAAUCACCCUGACACUGGCCUGCCCCAUGGACUUGAAGAAUUUCCCCAUGGACGUCCAGACGUGCAUUAUGCAACUGGAAAGCUUUGGAUACACCAUGAAUGACCUCAUCUUUGAGUGGCAGGAGAAGGGGGCUGUGCAGGUGGCAGAUGGACUGACUCUGCCCCAGUUUAUCCUGAAGGAGGAGAAGGACUUGAGGUACUGCACCAAGCAUUACAACACAGGCAAAUUCACCUGCAUCGAGGCCCGGUUCCACCUGGAGCGACAGAUGGGCUACUACCUGAUCCAGAUGUACAUUCCCAGCCUGCUCAUUGUCAUCCUCUCAUGGAUUUCCUUUUGGAUCAACAUGGAUGCUGCCCCAGCCCGUGUGGGCCUGGGCAUCACCACCGUGCUCACCAUGACCACCCAGAGCUCAGGCUCCCGAGCAUCCCUGCCCAAGGUGUCCUAUGUGAAAGCCAUUGACAUUUGGAUGGCCGUGUGCUUGCUCUUCGUGUUCUCAGCCCUGCUCGAGUACGCCGCUGUCAACUUUGUGUCUCGGCAGCACAAAGAGCUGCUCCGAUUCAGGAGGAAGCGAAGACAUCACAAGAGCCCCAUGUUGAAUCUGUUUCAGGAGGAUGAGGCCGGAGAGGGCCGCUUCAACUUCUCUGCCUAUGGGAUGGGCCCGGCCUGCCUUCAGGCCAAGGAUGGCAUCUCGGUCAAAGGCGCCAACAACACCACCACCAACCCACCUCCUGCGCCAUCUAAGUCCCCGGAGGAGAUGCGAAAACUCUUCAUCCAGAGGGCCAAGAAGAUUGACAAAAUCUCCCGCAUCGGCUUCCCCAUGGCCUUCCUCAUCUUCAACAUGUUCUACUGGAUCAUCUACAAGAUUGUCCGCAGGGAGGAUGUCCACAACCAGUGA